GGAAACCAGAAACAGAAGAACAGCAAAAUCUCGAUUUAUUUGCUCAUUAGCUCAUCAAGUUUUUGGAUCUCCCUUUGUUUCUUGUGGAAUGAGAUUUUCGUAGGUUUAUGAGCUCUUCAAUUCAGUUUUGCUUCCUCUAUGGAACUAUAGAAACAGGGAGUGUAGACUGUGGAUUGCGAAGCUCCGUUUUGGUUUACGGUAAUGGCGUCGUCUAUGGAUGGACAGCUCGUUCCCGAGGCUACAGUUGGAGUCGGAACCGUCGGAGGAAAGCAUCGCAUUCUCGCGGAGCUCAAGCGUCUUGAACAAGAACUCAAAUACUUGCAGGAAGAGUUGGAUGAAGUUGAGAAAAUGGGAAACAUCUCAUCUAUAUGCAAGGACUUGCUUUCCGGUGUCGAAACCAAAUCAGACCCACUUUUGCCAGUCCCGAAUGGUGUUGUAAAUCCCGUAUUGGAUCGCUGGUUUGAAGGAUCCCCAAGCACGCCAGAGUGCAGCUGCAGGAUUCUCUAGACAACUCACACUUGUGUUCUCUUUAAACUUGGAAGAUGUCUGAGAUAUAUGGGCACCAUAACAAAGGAUAGUUUAGUUUGGUGAUUAUUGAUCAGUACUAUUAGGGUAUUAAUUUUCCACUCUGCUUGGGACAGAACUUGUAGAUUGGCUUGUUGGAAAGACCAACCCCUGCAGCUCGCUGAUAUCUGUAAAGUUCUCUUCUUGCAAAUCCGCCCAAUGGGCUAAGGACAAUCCCAGCCCAGUCCCAUUAUAAGUGGGGUCGGCUUGCUUCAUUUGGGCCUUCGUCCUGAUGUCCCAUAACUAGAUGCGUUUUCUUUUCUUUUUUAGUAUGGAUACAGUUACAGAGGUAUGAAUGAAUUAAAUAUUUAAUA